AUGUGGGGAUUUUUUGUGAAACCUAUUCCAGCUUUAGAAGGACUGGACAGACUAGUUCCCUACAGACUUUUCGGAAAGAAGCUGACAGUAAUUUGUGGUGUUUUCUUGGAUUGCCUUGUACUACUGGGCGUGGAACUCAUCUCAUCAACAGAUAAAGUUGCACAGCUUUUUGAGGAGGAGAAAGACCUUCUGGAAAGCUUCAGGCUCUACAUCGAUGCUGAAGAAAAGAAUGUAGAGAGAAUGAAGAGUGCUCUUCUGAUUCUUCAACUAUAUGCAUACUUUGACCCUGAGAACCCUGAGAAAACCCUGAGAGACCCUGCGGCAGCUUACAAACUCCUCAGACGAGUGAGAAAAGAAUGGCUUACCAUUGUUGAAUUCACUCAACAGAGUCUUUAUAAGAAGUAUCAGGAACUACUGGCAUUUGCAGAUAUCCCAGAACUGGAGGACUUAGAUGGUGCAGCUUCAGAACUGAUCCGACUGCAAGAGUUCUACAAACUAUACCCACAUAACAUCACAAAGGAAACACCUCUUAAUGCAGAUGAAGCCUACCAUAUGGGGUUUGUCGCUUAUGAUGAGGACAAGUUCCAGCAUGCCUUUCUCUGGUUUUUAUACAGUCUGGACAGAUUAACAGAAUACUCAACCACUACUGAGGAAAAGUUGCUCCAUUUCCUUAGUUCGUCAGCCUAUCAUUUUGGCAGCCUACCUGUGGCAAUCUACUUUGGCCAACGACUUCUUAAUCUGGAUCCAACUAAUGAAAAAGUCAAAGUUGAGCUGAGCCUUUACAAACUCCUUCGCCACCAGAGAACUUCAAAUCCUGACAUAUUCACGCUAAACACAAAGUCAGAUAACUCCUAUGAGGCACUGUGCAGAGGAGAAGUUGACGAGAGGACCUCCAAGAGGCAGAGGACGCUGUCCUGUAGGUACAGCACAGGUGGAGGAAACCCCAGACUGAUGUACGCACCAGUGAAAGAGGAAGUGGAGUGGGACGAGCCUCGCAUCAUCAGAUAUCAUGACAUUAUAUCAGACAGAGAGAUAGAAUUCCUGAAGAAUAUCUCCAGACCUCAACUUUCUAGGUCUGAGACUAGACGAGGAAUUUCAAACUACCGUGGUUCUCAAAGUGUUUUUCUGGAGGAAGACAACACUGUUCUUGCUCGUAUCAGUCAGAGUAUUGCAGACAUCACAGGACUCUCCAUGGAAUCAGCUGAAGGUCUACAUGUUCAGAAUUAUGGGAUUGGUGGCAGAUUUGGACCACAUUAUGACAGAUGGGAUGAUGAGAACGGGAGGAUUGCUACAUUCUUAAUUUAUAUGAGUGAUGUGGAGGUAGGGGGCGCCACUGUGUUUCCUGAAGUUGGAGUUGCAUUGAAGCCAAAAAAGGGUUCAGCAGUGUUUUGGUACAACCUCCUAAAGAAUGGCAAACUGGAUUGGGAAUCACAACAUGCUGGAUGCCCUGUGUUAGUGGGUAACAAAUGGGUGGCUACUAAAUGGAUCCAUGAGUUUGGACAGGAGUUUAGGAGACCCUGUUCUUUGUCAGACUGGGAGUGAAAACACUGUGACCAUAUAGAAAUAAUGUGAAGUUUAUCUGUACUAUAGAAGUAUUUGUACUCUAUCUGUUAUAUUUGUUAUGCAUUAUAAGUUUUUAUACUGUAGAUCUGUAACAUACUGUAGAUUGUAUUAAAUUUUACUGUGAUUUACUACUGUCUGGCAAUGUGGCAGUAAUAAUAAAAAUAACUGUAAUACAAUAAAAACAAAUGCAAUAGAGUAAAAACAUGAAGUUUCAGCAAGAUAUCAAUGGAUAAUCACAUUACCUAAACUGGUCAAUCCUACAGCCAGCAAGUGUGUUAUUCCUGUAGAUGAGAUACAAGUUCUCUGCAGUUGUAUUUAAAGCUAAAUUUUACAUGUUUCCUCUUCAGUCAGUGCUGGAAUUAUGAUUCACAUGUUUUACAAGUAUUGUGGUAUGUGUAGUUGUGAAUGUGUUGUGCUGUAAGACUGGUAGGUAGUAUGAAGUCUGAAACUGGAUUUAGUAGGUACAGCCUCACAUGCAGAGAACAAGACUGUCAAUAAACCUCAACUCUCACAGCACCACACACAAUAUACUAAUAAUCAUAAUUGAAAAGUAUUUAAAGACUAUAACUAUUAUGAAUAAAUUCUAUUUAAGGAGUCAUUUGUCAGUAGCUCUCUUUAUAAUAAAGUGGUGAAAUAUUAUGACUUUUGGGUUGGUUGUUAAGGCAGCUCUGUUAUGAAUUCAUACUGAAUUGCACUGUGUAACUAUUCGCUGGUUAUUAAA